UCACUGAGUGCACGUUUUCGUAUAAAAUAUGACUCGAUUGGUCUUGAACAGCCAGUAUCAACUGUGUUCCCAACGAGUGAAUUUAUUCAUAUAAAAUAAUAAUCUGGUCUAAUGGAUUUGUUUGCUAUUAUGAUGAAAUUAGCAGCUGCAUGUCUCUUGGUGUGUGCCGUUACCGCAUUACCGACUACAAAUACAGUGCAGGAUCAACCCAUAACGGAGAAUGCAGUACAUCAGCGCAUAGCGAGGGAAGUGCCGUUCAGACCACUGUUUGUGUACCGCCAAGAAGAAUUAGAACAUCUUCAUUAUCUACGACACUUACAAUUGCAACAACAACAACAACCGACCCACAUCCAACAUCAUGUGAUCGUGUAUCCUAACGGUUAUGUCCAACAUCAAUACGUCCAGCAAUAUUAUCCUUGGUUGGUUGGUCGGUGAAUGAUCGUGAAUUGGUAGCUUGAAAGCAGUUUUUAUGCUAAUUGUUGAUUUGAAUCAAAGAUAUUCUGUGAUUCAUUAGUAGAUGCUUAUGUAUUUAUGAACAGUGUUACUUUUAAGUAAAUGAUAUGUUUUAUUUUAAAUAAAAAUGAUGAAGUAAUA